CCUGCAGAACUCCUUGGGACUGCCAUAGAGAGUCCUGACUCCAACUUCUCAAGUCAGUCUUUCUCUGAAAGCGCUACCGAGACCCCCAGUACUGUUACAGCUUCAUCAAAAGCCACCGAGUCGAAAGCAGGAAUUACAGAACGUUUCACAGAGACUUCUCAAUUUUCUGACAGCACCACAGACGCUCCUUAUCUGACCACAAACCCUUCCGAAUCCACAGAAUCCACCGGAACGGCUAGAGCGACCACUUUUACUUCAGAAAGCUUGGUAGAUCCUUCCCGAACCUCUGACAACUCAACCGAGACUUCUAGUACUAUCACAACUUUUCCUGGAGUCACAGAGUCCAUCAAAACAACCGGACUUGAAGAAAGCUUCACACAGUCUUCUCAACAUUCUGACAGCACUACAGGGUCUUUUUAUGUGGACACAACUCCUGCCACAGGAUCCACCGAAACAGUCGGAGUGACCACUUUUUCUCCAGAAAGUUCGCUAGAUCCUUCCCGAACCUCUGAAAGCUUAACCGAAACCUCGAAUACAAUCACAGCUUCACCUGAAGUCCCAGAGUCCAUCAAAACAACUGGAGCUAGAGAAAAUUGCACAGAGUCUUUUCAAUUUUCUGACAGCACUACAGACGCUCCUUAUCUGACCACAACUCCUUCCGAAGCUACAGAAUCCACCGAAACGGCUAGAGCUACCACUUUUUCUCCAGAAAGUUCGCUAGAUCCUUCUCGAACCUCUGACACCUCAACCGAGACUUCGAAUACUAUCACAGCUUCUCCUGGAGCCCCAAAGUCCACCGAAACAACUGGCGCUAAAGAAAGUUCACUAACUCCUUCUCAAAAACACGAUACAACUACCGCAGCUCCUCUCAAGACGACCUCCCUUCCUCCGGACAACUCCGAUCGCAGUGAGCCUCAAAAACCGUCACUGGGAUCUUCUGAGAAACCGAACAGCACCACUCAAACUCUCAUUAUCUCCACGACCCCUUCUGAAGAUUUUGAUUCAACCGACGACUUUGGCACGCCUUCGAAGCUUUCCGAACGACUUCAACUUUUGAAACCGAUUUGGGUGAUACCGACAUCCGAUGGGUAUAUUGAAG